ACACGGUUCUGUUGUGCUGACUUAUUUUACGCAUGCGCACAAUAAACCGGUCUCUUUGCCACGUUGAAGACUUCAACUAGGUUCAUAUACUUUGGGAUCAGUCUUUUACAUCACAGAACCAAACGGUUAUACUUGCAAAAAAUAUGCUGCCUUUAUUUCUAAGUGCCUGCUUUGUUGCUCUAACUUUUGGAGCAGACAUUAAAGACGAAAAUGGUGUUUUAGUGUUGACAACAGCAAAUAUGGAAGAUGCUCUGAAAGAAAACCCCAACAUCUUGAUUGAGUUUUAUGCCCCAUGGUGUGGCCAUUGUAAAGCUCUAGUACCAGAGUAUGAGAAGGCAGCCAAAGCUUUAGCUGAUGAAGGCUCAGACAUUAAGUUAGCCAAGGUUGAUGCUACUGUCGAGACUUCACUUGGAGAAAAAUAUGAAGUCCGAGGCUACCCUACUAUCAAAUUCUUCAGAUCAGGAACACCAACUGAUUAUUCAGGUGGUAGACAGUCAGCUGAUAUUGUAAACUGGUUGAAGAAGAAGACUGGUCCCGCUUGUGUUACUUUAGAUUCAGUAGAUGCUGCUAAAGCAAUGAUUGAAAAAGAUGAAGUUGUUGUUAUUGGUUUCUUCAAGGAUUUGAAAUCAGACAGUGCUAAAGAAUACGAGAAAGCAGCACAAGGUAUUGAUGAUAUCCCAUUCGGAAUUACAUCCAAUACUGAUAUCUUCAAAGAAUAUGAAAUGGAAUCUGAUGGUGUUGCUCUCUUCAAGAAGUUUGAUGAAGGACGUAAUAACUUUGAAGGGGAAGUAACUGCUGAUGCCGUCAACAAAUUCAUCUCAGCCAACAGAUUACCAUUGAUUGUUGAAUUCACACAAGAAUCUGCACAAAAGAUCUUUGGUGGAGAAAUCAAGAACCACAUCUUACUCUUCUUAGAAAAGAAAGCUGAUGCUUCUGCAAAAAUUUUGGAAGGAUACAGGAAGGCUGCAGUAGGAUUUAAAGGAAAAGUUCUGUUUAUCACAUUAGACACCUCAGAUGAAGAUAAUGCAAGAAUCUUGGAAUUCUUUGGUUUGAAGAAAGAAGAAACCCCAGCUGCACGUCUCAUCACCCUAGGAGAAGACAUGACCAAAUAUAAACCAGACUCUGAUGAUCUUUCAGAAGAAGCUGUUACUACAUUCGUACAAGCCUUUUUAGAUGGCAAAUUGAAGGCUCAUUUGAUGUCAGAAGAAGUCCCAGCAGAUUGGGAUUCAAAACCAGUUAAAACUUUAGUAGGAAAGAACUUUAAAGAAGUAGUUUUCGAUCAAGAUAAAGCAGUUUUAGUAGAAUUCUAUGCCCCAUGGUGUGGACAUUGUAAACAAUUAGCCCCAAUUUGGGAUGAAUUAGGAGAAAAAUUUAACGAUAAAGAUGAUAUUGUUAUAGCUAAAAUGGACUCUACAGUUAAUGAAAUAGAAGAUGUUAAAGUUCAAAGUUUCCCAACUAUUAAAUAUUUCCCUAAAGGCAGCAGUGAUGUUGUCGAUUAUAAUGGAGAAAGAACUUUAGACGGAUUUGUAAAAUUCUUAGAAAGUGGAGGUAAAGAAGGAGCAGGAGAACCAGAAGAAGAGGAUGAAGAUGAAGAUGAAGAGGAAGGAGAUGAAGCAGCAGCAAAGGAUGAAUUAUAAACAUUUCCAUUACGGGUUGUGCAGGGGUGGGGAGCUUAUUCCAUUGUCAAAGGGAGGGAAAACAAUGAACCAGUCUGUUAUUUGGAAUCUCUGUUUGGACAUUAAGUGACCUUAAUUGUUGUCUAUUUAUUUAAAUUUAUUUGACUGUGUUCCAAUACUGAGAUUAUUCCUUUUUGGGUUUAAUGUUUGGUGCAGACAUUUCUUGGAGUGCUUCCAUAUCAUGUUGAAUGUAGAGAGAUGUUAGAAUAUGUUUAGAUGUGUGAGUGGGUCCAGUGGUGCUAUGAUAGUUUUACAUAGUAAUUCACCAUUUAUCAAAAAGGUUACGGUUUUAUUUAGGCACAUAUUUUUCAUGUCAUCAAAGACUUUUGCCAGCUGGAUCCAAUUAUCUUUGAAAUGAAAAUGUAGGCAAAUUCCAAUGUCUUUAGACUUUAUAGUUUUCAUAUUAUGUAAUCAUUCAUAGAACUAGUGCUGAAUCUGAUCCAUUUAAAGUUCUUGAAAAAGUUAAAAUUUAACCAAAUUUAGAGUCUUUUGCAUAAUUUAGAAUAUUUCACCUGUCUAGUCAUAUCCAAAGAUUUCGUAAUCAUUCCAAAUUUUAGCUGUAAAUUUCAAAUUUGGAAAUGAGAACCCAGUGUAGGCCCCUUUCUUACCGAUAGCAUCUUUAUGUCUCUUUUUAAUUGCUGUAAAAAAUUGACAGAGAAAGUACAAAUCCAAAUUUCCUGUCAUGCUUUUCUUUUUAAUCUAUAGCCAUACAUGUAUCAUGUUUUAAAUUAUUUUUCUGUGACGGUAGCAAUAAUCAUAGUUAAGUUUGUUAUUAAUAUUUUGAGUCUAUGAGUGCUAUAAGUGUUAUUUCACUGACCUUAGUAAAAGUGUUUUUUUUUUAAAGAAAUUCACCUCUAAUAUUUCUGUAUUUUUAGGGUUUGCAUUGUCAAAUACUCUACCCUGAUAUUAAAAAAAAUGUAACAGCAUUUGUCUGAAGGGAUAAUAUUCUCUCUGACUUCUAUGAAGAUCAAGUGAGCUUCUUUUCUGUCAUGCAAGAAGACUUUUAUCAUCAGUUACCAGAAGUGUAGUGCAAUUAAAACAGUUUUCAGCAAGUGACAUUGCUACUUGAUUUGUUGUUCAUUAGGAUCCUUUGUAUCAGUAGAUUUUUUAUAGUGCUUCAAAUAGCUUCCUCUUUUCCUACUUAUAUAAGGUCUUCUUAUUCACAACAUUGUUGUAUUUGGAAAUUUGAAAUGUAAAUUAUUUAUAGUAUGAGCGUCCAAAUACAAAAAUGUUGUAUCUAUUUAUUAAUGGAUUGUAGCCAGUAGUAAUAGGGUCAUCCCCUUUCUAUAAAUGGAACAACAGAUUGUGUGCCAUUGUCACUUUUUGGUUAUUUUUACUAUUUUAUGUAUGAAUGGGUGAUGGAUGUGUUUUAAUUGGACAGUUUGUUUUGUAUACAUGUUAAAGAUAAACAUUCAAAGUUUUGUAAGAUUAUAUUAAGAAGCGUAAAAAUAGUAAAUAUUAAAAUUUGAAAAUACAAA